AUGAACAUCAACAAGCUCCGGAAUAAGGCGGAGGGUCUGGUCACCCAGCUCACGGUGAAGGAUGAGUGUGAGAAGAGGGUGCUGGAUGCUGUCUCCAACAACAAGUACGCUGCUCCACGCUCCUUGCUGAACGAGGUGGCCGAGGAUACGUUCGCCCACGACAGAUACGGCACGGUAAUGCGGUUGGUGUGGAAAACUAUCGACUCGCCACCGCGGAACUGGCGGUCCAUCUCGAAGGCGCUGGUUCUGGUGGAUCACCUCGUCAAGCACGGCGCGGAAAGGGUAGUGGCCGACGUGCAACAGCACGUUCACGAGAUCGCUUGCCUCAACGAGUUCAGAUACGUUGAGAAUAUGUACGACACGGGUGGCGGUGUUCGCGAGAAGGCCCGGGAGCUGGUGAGUCUGAUGGACAAUCCCGAUCUAAUCCAGGCCCAGCGUCGCAAUGCUAGAGACCUGAAAUCCCAGUACAACGGCUACGGGGGCGACAUGCCACCAAGGCUAUCUGGCGGCAGCGGAGGCGGUUCACGUCACCCCCACGACUCAUCCGGGGGCGGCGGCGGCAGCGGCAGAAACAGCGGCGAAAUUAGUGACGAUUGGAGGGCUGGGUACGACCGCAGUCCGACGCCUCCGCAGAUCGACGCGAGGAGGGCUGUUGGCGGCAGGUCGGAGUCGAUCGACUUCGACGAGGGUAGGGAAGGGUACAGCGGAAGGCUUAGCCGGUUCCAGGAGCAGGAGAAGAGGGAGGCAAAACUGGUGUCGGGGGGGCGCAGGGGCAGCCGGGACAGCGCCGAAGGCGCUAGCUCAACCGCACCAAGAGCAGGCGGUGCUGGCGGCAAGGGUGCCUCAGCGUCCAAGAAACGCACGGACGGCAAGAAGCAGUCGUCGGGGCCGGAUCUACUGUCCGGGGAUGAUCCGUUCCCGAGGUGGUGAGGGCCGGCAUCGGCGGGAUCGACCUAGCCGCAGCGGUGGGAGGGCUCCGGCAGACCGGGUUCAAGCCGUCGGACAUCGGGGGCAAGACGGAGUUCUCGGGCCAGGGGCAGCGGGGCAGCGACGGCAGGCACGUGGCGGCGCCGCCGCUGACCCAGCAGCAGCAGCGCACGGCACACCUUGCUCCCCCCCAGCCGUCGGUGGAGUACGUCGAGGAAGGGCAGGAGGAGGAGGUCGUAGUCCGCGCCAGCACGAGGGAGUUCUUGGGAGCUCGCUCGGGGCUUAACAAGACGGGGCUGAGCGGCCGACUGCAGGAGACGCCGCAAGAACCACCGCAGCCGCAGCCGCAGCCGCAGCAGCAGCAGCAGCAGCAGCAGCAGCAGCAGGCCCCGACCCUGGGGGCCGCAUCGACGACACCCUCUUACCAAGGAACCCCGCAGGCAGGGCAGUGGCAGGGGUGGCCGCAGCAGGAGCAGAGGCAAGGUGGAGGUGCAGGCGGGGGGCAGCCUCCCAGCUGGCAGACCCGCCAGGGAGGGCUGAAGAGCACGGGGCUUAUGGCAGGCGGCGGUAGUGGUGCGGCACAACCGGGGGCUUCGGGUCAACAGGAAUCCGCGCCCUGGCAGCAGGGUGCGGCGGGUUUGAGGCGGACGGGUUUGUAGCCUCGUGGAAGUGGCAGGCCUACACGCGUUACCAUGGGUCACCGUGCCAAUGCGUGUGAUGGCACGCAUCGGCGUUUUGCACCCCUCGGAGCCUUGACACUGGGGUGCGAUAGACAGUGAUUCCGCAACGGUAUCGGUGUUUUCGUACCUUUGGUGUGCCUACCUCGGUGCGAUACCACCGGUAAAACCCUGCUUCGGAGAAAUCGCACCCUUAUGAAAAUCCCGCUUCGGUCGGAAGUAUUUUGCGGUUGAAAUGGUGAGUCUUUUGCAGCAGGCCUUGCUGCAGGCGGGAUAGGACUGGAUGUUAGAAAAGGUUGGAAGGGGGGGGGCUUUCCGAAAGCUAAUAGGUUGUUCGGGGGUGUUGUGUGUCGAACGCAAGUUGGGUAGGAAAACCAGGAAGCAUUCGGAAUUUUGAAAAGUGACGGGUGACAAAGGGGGGGUCCGCCCUCCAUUGUCGAGCGUCGCUUCCUUGUGAGAACGUUGUUGCCCUUGCUGUUUUUGGAUGGUUUUGCAUUGUCACCUGUCGGCACGCCUGCUAAGUAGUGACGUAAAUUUUUUAUUAGGCCACCCGCUGCUUGAAGAGUUGCUUUGUUUCGAGUGGGAUUGGAUAGUGUCUAGGGAGGUCUCCUGCAAUCGUUUGUCCAUGUUUUUGCGUAACCGCGAUCGAUAGUCUCGUCCGUUGUCCACACAAAGUCUCACGUGGCUUCUCCAGAGGUUGCAGACCUGAUCUGCAACCAUGAGCAUAGCGUUGUAAGGUUGUACAGCAGUACCAUAGCGAUGUUUUUUAUGGAUGCCGGUACGAUAGUUUUGCCUGCUUGGCUGCCUGUUUGUGUAGAAGGGAUGGAAUCCUCCACCCCCCACGAAGUUAUCAAUUUCCAGCCCGACUUGGCAGCACUGCUCAAUGAGCGUGCUCACAAACUCGUGGUUGAUGGUUGUUGAGGGUUGGGUGUAAUACGCCGGCAUGUUCAUCGCGUCUGUGAGUUGGCGCCAGGACAGCCAGGAAGGGAGACGGCUCUAGCUGUGCCUAUGUUGGAGAGGCAGAGGGUACUACUCUGUUGGUGUUUGUCAUGAGAAGGCCGGUGAUAGGCGUGUGAUCAAGAGGGCGACUGCUGUGUGUUCAUUGACUUCUGUUGUUCGUGCAUGCUGCCGUGCCGCGUCAAAGCUCCCCGCGCCAACCAUACGUGGACGAGGAUAUAAGCACCAAAAACUAACAACUAU